AGUCUCUUUCGAACUUUUGUAUUAGCUUGUGCGGUUUUUUUUGUGGAAAAAUAAAGGCGUUGCUCGUAAAAAAUAUUUUAGUAUUUUUAAUAUUUUAAAUUCAACGGUCAACGCUAUAUAUAGAACCGGUGUUUGUCCACAGAAGACUAGCAUGUCCCUUUUGCCAAUCAAAAUAAUUUGCAUUAAUAAAUUUAAAAAAUAAUAUUAAUUCGAAUGCAUUUCGGUUUUAGUGUGUUUUAUAAGCAAUAAAUAAGAAGAAAUUAGUACUGCCAAACAUUAAAACCAAACGAAAAUAUUUGAACGUGUUUCUUUAAUAUUGAGCAUGUAUUUAAAGUGUUUUACAUAACAAAUUUUUUUCAAAAUAACAAUAUAAAUAUAUUUAUAAAUUAUAAUCAAAAGUAAAAAAAUCAUAUAAAAAUAAUUUUCUUCAAACAAAAUGCCAGCAUCAAAUACGAUUGUCUUGAAAAGUCUUUCAAUACUUUUGGGUUUAUUUUUUGUCUUCGUCGGCGCCCUAAAACUAACACCACACAUCAGCAAGGACUUAUACAAGGAUUUGCGAACUGAAUAUGUAAAAUAUGCGAAAGUUUUUCCAUUGGCUGCUUUGUUUGGAUUGAAAAUUCCUUCAAAAUGGUAUCGUAGGACAGUUGGUAUACUCGAAAUUGUUUGUGGCCUCGCCAUGGCACUCAUUCCAUAUCAUAGAGUUAAAAAUGCUGCCAAUGUAAUAUUACUAAUCUUAAUGGUCUUGGGGGUUUAUCAGCACUGGAUGGUGAGCGAUCCCUUUGAAAGAUCCGGCCCAGCGCUUGUCUUCACAUUUAUGUUAGGUGGUCGUUUAGUAGUAUGGUAUCAGACAAAUCGAAGAGAUGAAGAACAGGCUGCUGCUAAUCAAGCCCAAGCAAAUGGUGUUAAACAGGAUUAAAUUAAUGAAUGAAAAUGAAACGCACAACUUGUUUCAAUGAAACUUGCAUUACAUAAAAAAAUGCUUCUUGCACCUUAUAUAAAUGACUGUAGCACCUUAAGAAUGGCAAUUUUAAAUUAAAUUUUAAAUUCAUCCUUCCCUGGUCAUGCAUCAAUUUCCAUUCACACUUAAAUGCUUAAUGUCAUAAGAUUUCGUUAUUUCACGGUCAAAAAAAUAUUCUACAAAUUAUUUUGUGUGCCAAAAUUUUUUGGUUAUUAUAUUUUUAUGUAUAUAUUUAUUUUUUAAAAUACUUUUAAACCUAAACUGGUGUGUUCACUUAUUUAAAAGACGCUCUACUAGGAAUGAAACUAAACAUGCACUUGUCAUUAUUCGUACAUUUCACCAUUAUCAUUACAAUUUAAAAUGAUUCUAAGGAUAAAAUAAUUUUGUGAAAGUAAAAAUUUUAAUAAAAAUGAUAAAAA